CAAAGCAUUGUGGGACAGUGACGCAUUGUAAGUGGGGAUAGGAAGUAAGAUGGCGUUAGUAGUACGCUGUUGCAGGCCAGUUAGUACCCUGCAGUUGUCAGGCACCAGCUUUCGAGUAGUUCCUGCAGCAGCAUCUGUUUUAAUUCACAGGCAAAACAUUCAUAAUGCUGUCCUUCCCCAUGGCAAGGGAGGUCGAUCUUCAGUCAGUGGGGUGGUCGCAACUGUGUUUGGGGCCACUGGGUUUCUUGGACGAUAUGUUGUUAACAGACUUGGCCGCAUGGGUUCUCAGGUGAUCAUUCCACAUCGUUGUGAUCAGUAUGAUGUCAUGUACCUCAGACCAAUGGGUGAUCUCGGACAACUGAUCUUUCUGGACUGGGAUGCUCGUGAUAAAGAAUCCAUCCAGCGAGCACUAGCCCAUUCUAAUGUCGUCAUCAAUCUUGUGGGAAGAGAAUGGGAAACAAGUAAUUAUCGCUUUGAAGAUGUUUUUGUGAAUAUCCCCAGAGAAAUUGCCCGAGCAGCAAGUGAAGCAGGAGUUGAGAAGUUGAUACAUAUCUCCCAUUUAAAUGCUGACAUCAAGAGCGUGUGCAAGAGUCUUAGAUCAAAGAUCAGCGCUGGUUUGCUGGAGGUGUUCCACUUAUUGCUUUUGGCAAGAAGACUGUGAAGCAGCCUGUUUAUGUGGUGGAUGUAGCCAAAGCUGUAGUGAAUGCUAUUAAAGAUCCAGAGUCUGCUGGGAAGACGUAUGCAUUGGCUGGACCCAACCGAUACCUCCUGUAUGAUUUGGUAGAAUACAUAUAUGCUGUUACACACCGAAAUUAUUUCCCAUACCCAUUGCCGCGUCCUUUAUAUCAUUUAGCUGCAAGAUUUUUUGAAUUAAAUCCUUUCCAUCCAUGGACAACUCGAGACAAAGUAGACUGUCUUCACUUGACUGACAAGAAGUUACCUGAAUUGCCUGCACUGGAAGACCUAGGGAUAGUGCCAACAUCUCUUGAGCAGAAAGCAAUUGAAGUUUUGCGUAGGCAUCGCAGGUUUCGCUGGCUGGAUGCAGAUCUGGAAGAUGCUAAACCAGCAAAGACUGUCAACUUUUAGUGAUGCAUGUGUUGUAAUUUAAACAUAAGAUGUGUUUUUUCACCAAACACAUCUUUCAGCUUGAUAUUUUGUUCACUGUAAAUACCUAAAGAAUUAUAAAGUAUACUUGUUCAGAA